GAUACUCUUCUGCUCCCCCGCAUUACUAUGCGGAUGCUCGGUGGAGCUGCGGAGCUCCGAGUGUCUUGACUCGAUCCCCAACUACUCGGCUAUAUAAAUCCAAACUUAUUGCGAAAACAACUAUCCUAAACCAAUCUCGAACUUCACUCGCAGUAAUGGCUCUCCCUUCCCACUGCGACGUCCUCGUCAUUGGUGGCGGAAAUGCCGGCUUCUGCGCCGCCAUAUCAGCAGUUCAAUCUGGUGCUCAGAAGGUGAUCAUCAUUGAUAAAUGUCCUGAAAACUGGGCAGGGGGAAAUUCUUACUUUACUGCAGGAGCAUUCCGGACUAUUCAUGGUGGUCUAGAGGACCUCCUUCCCAUUGUGAAUAAUGUCGAUACAGCCACAGCGCAGAAGAUUGAUAUGAGUCCGUACACCGCGGCUGACUUCACGAAUGACAUGGAGCGAGUGACAGGAAAGAGGACGGACCGUGAGCUAAGCCGAGUACUCGUACACGAUUCGAACGCAACCGUCAAGUGGCUUGCGGAGAAUGGUGUCCGGUUCCAGCUUUCUUUCAACCGACAAGCGUAUGAGGUGAACGGUCGGAUCAAGUUCUGGGGGGGUCUGGCCUUGAAAACCCAGGAUGGAGGCAAAGGGCUUAUUCAAGACCACCUCCGGACGGCCCAGGAGCUGGGUAUUGAAGUUUUCUUCUCAACGGCUGCAGAGAAGCUUGCCACGGAUCCAGUGACUCGUGCUAUAACGUCGGUGACGGUUGUGCACCAUGGCCAAGUGAAGGUGAUCAAGACAAACGCCGUGGUACUUGCUGCCGGUGGCUUCGAAGCCAAUCCACGGAUGAGAGCACAGUUUCUAGGGCCUCAUUGGGACACCGCCUUAGUUCGCGGUACCCCGUAUAAUUCAGGCGACUGUCUCGAGAUGGCAAUUCGCGAUGUAUCAGCCAAACAAGUUGGCAACUGGUCCGGGUGUCACUGCGUGGCAUGGGACGCAAACGCACCCCCCAAUACAGGAGACCGCGAGAUCUCCAAUGAGUUUACCAAGUCUGGCUACCCAUUAGGGAUCAUGAUCAAUCGUCAAGGCUCUCGAUUUGUGGACGAAGGCUCGGAUUUACGCAACUACACCUAUGCCAUGGUCGGACGGCAGAUCCUGCAUCAACCGGGUCAUGUUGCGUUCCAAAUCUGGGACUCGCGAACAAUCUCCUGGCUGCGCAAGGAAGAGUAUCGACCAGAAGUGGUGCAGCAUAUCACAGCGUCGUCGAUAUCAGAGCUGGCAGAGAAAUGUGCUGCGGAACAUGGUCUGGAAGACAAGGACCGGUUCGAGCGGACGAUCGAUGAGUUCAACAACUCUGUUUAUGAAAGCCAGCGACUGAACCCUGGCCAGCAAUGGGACCCGGCUGUAAAGGACGGUCUCUCAACUCAAUCAAAGACAUGUACGCUCAGCAUCCCCAAGUCCAAUUGGGCGUUGCCUAUCGACCAGCCUCCGUUCCUGGCUGUAAAGGUCAGUGCGGGCGUCACCUUUACAUUUGGUGGUCUGGCGGUGAAUCCAGAGACAGCUGCUGUGGUUUCGUCUAUGACGAACUGUGAAAUCCCCGGGUUGUACUGCGCUGGGGAGAUGGUUGGGGGACUCUUCUAUGACAAUUAUCCCGGGGGCAGUGGGUUGACGUCGGGGGCGGUUUUUGGACGCAGGGCAGGGAAAUCUGCUGCGAGAACUUCUGCGAUAGCCGUACGAUAAUAUCGUCCUCUGCACUGACUGGGAUUUGGUCGAUCGAUGUCAGAUGCUGCCAGUGGUGGUCCUUGGUGCUACCCAGUGCUAUCGUCUAUACUACGUUGAUAUCUGAUUUGGUGUGCUAUACAGAUGAAUUAGACAUUAGUUGAAUUUAACUUGGGCUUGAUCUUUCACGACAUUUGCUAUUCUUAUUAUUGUCGGGGUUUUCUGUCUUUCUUUUGUUUUUCUUUUCCUUUAUCUUCUGUUUUUGGUGUGUUUUCCUUUUCAUUCUGGGACAGAUGUAUGAGUCCCAGAUAGAUAAAGAUAUAUAUAUUCGAGGCAUAUCCCGCUGAGCCAUGUUCACACCUGUUGAAAAACUUGACGGGCAUUCUUCUUCGAAUUUAUUACAUCUACGGUGAACGGGAGUCUAUAAACUUCAUGGUCAG